AUGAAGGUCGCUGUCCCCGUCGCCCUGGCCUUUGUGGCCUUGGCCCAGGCCGCCGACAUGGCACCGCAGCAACCCGAGAGCGCCAAUGCCCCGCAAGAGACCGAAGGCGGAUACGGCGGGCGACCCGGCCCUGAGUAUCCAGGCCCCGAGCACCACGAGCCGGAGCCGGAGCCGUACGGCCCCCACGGCCCCGGCGGUCCUCACGGCCCUCACGGUCCCCACGGCCCUCACGGUCCCCACGGCCCCGGCGGUCCUCACGGCCCUCACGGUCCUCAUGGCCCCGGCGGUCCUCACGGCCCUCACGGCCCCCACGGCCCUCACGGCCCUCACGGCCCCCACGGCCCUCACGGCCCCCACGGCCCCCACGGCCCCAGUGACAUCGGCUACGGGGACCACGAGCACCACGAGCACCACGAGCACCACGAGCAUCGCGAGCCCGAGUGGCACCACGAGCACCGCGAGCCCGAGUGGCGCGGCCAUGAGCACCGCAGGCCCGAGUGGCGCGACCACGAACACCGCAGGCCCGACUGGCGCCAUGAGCACCGCGAGCACGAGUGGCGUGAGCACGAGCACCGUAGGCCCGACUGGCGCCGCGAGCACGAGAACCGCGAGCACGAGCACCGUGAGCACGAGCACCGCGAGCACGAGCACCGUGAGCACGAGCACCGCGAGCACGAACACCGCGAGCACGAGCACCGCGAGCACGAGCACCGCGAGCUCGAGUGGCGCGGCCAUGAUCACCGCAGGCCCGACUGGCACCACCGCGGCGGCCCCAUCCCGGAGAGCGUCAAGGAGUUCGGCAAGCACCUCGCCCGCUUCGGCGGCUGCUUCCUCCAGCGCUUCUGGAACGACGCCCAGCACAUCAACUGCGGCAAGUGUGCCCCCGGCGCCGGCAACAGGCGCGAGAGCAACCUCAUCUCGUGCGUCUGCAGCAACCAGGAGCAGGUUGCCCACCAGAUCCGCCGCAACUUCGACGUCUGCGUCGAGCCCAACGCCCCCUUUAGCAGGAUUAUCCAGGAAGUCGGCGCUGCGGCCUCGGCCUCAGCGCCCUGUGCGGCGCCUACGCGGGCGACAACCACCACCACCACACCCACCGCCCCGGCCGUCCCGGUCCCCACCGCCCCGGCCCCGGCCCCAUCAACCCCGGAGGCCCUAUCCGCCCCAUUCCGGAGCCCGUCCACCCCGGUCGCCCCGGAGGCCACCACGGCCACCCCGGAGGCCGCCCCGGUCAUGGAGGCCCUGGCCACGAUGGUCAUGGUCACGAUGGUCACGGUCACGAUGGUCACGGUCACGAUGGUCACGGUAAUGAUGGUCACGGGCACGAUGGUCACGGGCACGAUGGUCACGGGCACGAUGGUCACGGGCACGAUGGUCACGGCCACGACGGUCACGGAAAUGGUGGCCACGGACACAGCGGCCCUGGUCAUGACGGUCCCGGCCGCGACGGCCACGGCCACGAUGGUCAUGGUCACGACGGUCACGGUAAUGAUGGUCACGGUCAUGAUGGUCACGGUCAUGAUGGUCACGGUCACGAUGGUCACGGUCACGAUGGUCCCGGCAACGAUGGUCCCGGCAACGAUGGUCCCGGCUAUGGAGGUCCCGGCCCCAAUGGUCCCGGCUAUGGAGGUCCCGGCCCCAAGGACCCCGAGCCCGGCCCCACCCCCGGCUAUUAGAUGGCGCGGCCGAAAACUCGUUGACACUUUCGCCCGACAUGUGAAAUGGCAAAUGACAGGCAUGACGACUUCAAUGAGGAACGUGUUGGUGCUUUAG